AUGAAGCAGCCGAGGUCGCGGCAGGAGCCGCGCCGGAUGGGCAACUCGGCCAUGGUGGUCACCAUGCUGCUCUCCCUCUGCGUCCUCACCUUCAUCAAGGCCCGCUACUGCUCCACCCCGUACCCCAACAAGCCGGCGCCGCUGCUGGACCUGGAGGUGGAGAUCGACGAGGACUACGACAGCAGCCGGUACAAGAUCUCCGGCCCCAUCGGGGAGGAGGAGUUCGACCCCAGCCGCCCCACCUGCUACAACACCAGCAAGCGCUCGGAGCGGUGCGCGGCCGUGGGCGACGUCCGGGUCGACGGCAACCACUCCAAAAUCUACAUCAGCCCGCUGGGCAAGGAGUGGCGCACCAAGCCGUACGCGCGCCGCCACGACGCCGUCGCCAUGGACGACGUCCGCGAGUUCGCGCUGUUCCCCUUCGGCGGCGCCAACGACAGCGCCGUGCCGCCGCUCUGCACCAGGAACCACUCCGUCCCGGCCUUCCUCUUCUCCAGCGGCGGGUUCGCGGGCAACCUGUACCACGACUACACCGACGUGCUGGUGCCGCUCUUCACCAGCACCCACCACUUCGGCGGCGAGGUGCAGUUCCUGCUCACAGACAUCAAGGACUGGUGGCUGGACAAGUUCACGCCGCUCUUCCGCCAGCUCUCCAACUACGACGUCAUCGACGUGGACAACGACCAGGAGGUGCACUGCUUCUCGCGCAUCGUCAUCGGCUCCACCUUCCACCGGCCCAUGGGCAUCGACGGCACGCGCUCCCCGGGCGGCGAGACCGUGGCCGACUUCAAGCGCCUGCUCCGGCGCGCCUUCCGGCUCGACCGCGUGGUGGCGUCCCACGACGGGGCCGCCAGCCUCGGCAAGCCGCGGCUCCUCAUCAUCUCCCGCAAGUCCUCCCGGCGGUUCCUGAACGAGCGCGCCAUGGCGCACGCGGCGGCGGCGGCGCAGUUCGACGUGCGCAUCGCGGAGCCGGACAACCACACGGACAUGCCCAACUUCGCGCGGCUGGUGAACUCGGCGGACGUGAUGAUGGGGGUGCACGGCGCCGGGCUGACCAACAUGGUGUUCCUCCCGAGCCGCGCCGUGCUGCUGCAGGUGGUGCCGUUCGGCGGGCUGGAGUGGCUGUCCCGGGUGACCUUCAAGGACCCGGCCAAGGACUUCGACGUGACCUACAUGGAGUACAACGUGUCGCUGGAGGAGAGCUCGCUCAAGGACCUCUACCCCAAGGACCAUUUCUACCUGCAGCACCCCUACGACGUGCACAAGAAGGGCUGGAACGCCAUCAAGACCACCUACCUCGACAAGCAGAGCGUCCGGCUCGACCUCGCCAAGCUCACGCGCACGCUCCAGCACGCGCGCAGCCUCCUGCCCUCCCCCUCCUCGCACUGA